AUGCAAAUGCCUCCGCGUUUGCCUCUCCCAAAGGCGGCAGCAUCGCCCUCGAGCAGCUUUCCUCCAGCAGUACAUGAGGCCGAUGGAUUGCUCCGGGACCUCGCUGAGGAAGAAGACAAGAAAUCAACUAAUGCAGCUCGCUUGGCAUUGUCUGGAUGGAGUGAUGCGAUCCUGGAGUUGCUUGCAGAGGUGGAGCGGGGCCCCAAUACGGAGGAUCCCCUUGAGGAGGUGUGGCACUGGCUGGCUGCCUCUGAACGCCUCGCCCGGGCGCUCUCGUUCGCUGAGCACUUCUCAGUUGCUGGCUUGGCCUCCCGCCUGGACCGCGAGCCGGAGGCGGAAAGGUGGCAUGGCGCCGUGCGCCAGCUUCGCAUGGUGCAGAGAGAGAGUGGCUGGAACGCCCGGUAUCUCCGCGUCGUCGAGGAGCCCUUGGCGCGGCUCCGCCACGAGCGCCCCGAGCAGCUGUCGAAGCUCGUGGCCACGCUCCUGCGUUCCCUGCGGCGCAUCCACAGCAGCUCCAAGCUAAGGGAGUUUGGAGCUGAGAGAGGGAGGAGUGGAGGAGUUUGGUGCGCCUGGAUGGCCUUGCUUCGGACCAUUGCUCCUGACUUCGAAGGCAACAUGGCCGAGGAGGCUGAGAUUGAAAUGAGCCGCUUGCCGGGUGGUGGCCCAACAGGCAAGGCGCCCUUGGUGCGGGCGUUGCGCGCCCGCCAGCCGGAUCUCAAGAAGGUGGCGUGUCUCUGGCUGGACCGUUUCCACUCGGAGAAGUAUGGUGCUCUGGCCGAGCUCAUUGGCCUGGUCAUGGCCGUUGCGGACAUCUCUGGUGAGACCACGGUGAUGAAAGAGGACCUUGAGGAGCGCGCGCCUCCGGAGGUGGUCUCGGAGCUCGCGGCCGCCUUGGUGCAGGAGGCCGUCGAGAAAGGUGCUGACUUCUCGCAGCACUGGCUGGUCUCCAGAGAGAAAGGUGCUGUGAGGGUCCGGGAGAACUUCCCAGCCAUUUGGCGUGAGCUGGCGUUGGCGCCGAACACGGAGGAUCUUUUGGGGGACCUGGUGCAGCGCUUGAGAGCUUGGACGCUCUCCUUGGCUGAGUGCCAAAUCCGUGGCAUCCGUCACGCGGCGACUGUGGCGGGCUUGGGAUUGGUGGAAGGCAUGCAGAUUCAGUGCAAUCACAUCCAAGAAUGGUGUGACACAGCAGAAGUCCGCCUGCAAGACACUGAGUCGGCCAAAGCAGCGCUGGGGAAGGAGCUCAAGCGGAACAGGCAAUGCUUGAAGAACCUCCGGGCAGCGCGUGAUGGCUUGGCAGGCACCCUUCUGAGCAAGCGUUCCAAGGACGUGGAACCCGACAUCCGCCGGAGCUGCUGCGAGGCGCUGCAGCGCUGGGCCGAGCUCGGUUGCGAGGUCACCUGGAAGCAAUACCUCCACUUCUUGAUCCAGGAUCGCGAGCCCAAGGUGCGUGCGGCUGCCCUGCAGGCACUGGUGCCAUUGCUGCGGAUGCGGGAGGCUGCACCGCUGUCAGCUGAGGUGAAAUCAGUGGCCGAGGAGCUGCGCCCGCGCGUGCUGGAGCGCUGCCAGGACCCGGAUGCCACCGUGGCUGCGGCCGCGCUUUGUUGUGCCUGCGCGCUGGCGAAGGCGGAAGUGCUCAAGGAGGAGGACUUCGACCCCCUCAUUGAUCUCCUCUGGGACGCCGAAGCGGCGCGCAGGGAUGCCGCCUGCAUCUUCGUGAGCCGCUUCGUGUUGAACGAGGAUGUGAUGGACCUUCCGGGCGGCGCUGGAACGGGCUCCAAGAGGCUCUUGGAGAUGUUGCUGGAUUUCCUGCAUGAGUUUCUGGAUGGCCACUACGAGCUCACGGAGCGCCUCGUGGCCGCGCUCUGGCGCAAGGCCUCGUGCUUGGAGGAUUGGGAAGCGAUGACAGCGCUCUUGCUCAGCGAGGAGCUCAAGCCGGAGCAACACACGGUCUCAGCAUACCUGGCCGAGGCGACGGUGCGAUGGGCUGUGGAUGAAUGGUUAGGGACCGGCAGCAGCCAUUCAGAGGCACUCUUGCAGCAUGCCGCUCGCGCCCUGGGCCCCCGGCUGCCGCAACUGCUGGCGGCGUUUCAGUCCGAGAAGGCCACCAUGCAGAAGACCGCCUCGCUGUGCAGCCACUUACUUCGUUUCUGCUCUCUGAGUCCCCAGAGUUCGGGCGGCUUGGCGCCGGAGGCGGUGGUCAAGGUCCUGUGUAGUGCCUUUAUCCGGCAGACAGAUCCAGAGGCACUGGAGCACUUGGCUUUGGCCUUGGCGGCGUUGCUGGAGCUCAGCAGUGCCACCAGGGGAGCAGUACAUGACUUGGCCAAAUCCUUUCAUCAGAACUUCCUGCAGCUGGUACCGCAUGCCAACGUCUCCGGAGGAGCGUCACCUGAUGGUGAGGUGCGGAUGCCGGACUCCCUCCUGGCGAAUGCCCAGCGCUUGCGCAUCUUGACCAAGGCCUAUGACGUGUCCCUCUGCGACGUGGAAGGCUUCGUCACCAGCGCCUUGGACCUCGUGGCUCAGCGCGCCGAGGCCGAGUCAGCGCGAUGCUCGGUGCAGGGAGAGCUGGUGGUUAUUCUUCUGGAGCUCCUCACGCUCAUCUCCUUGCGCCACGCUGCACAGUGCUCCGGACCGCCCCUGCAGAGCGCCCUUGGUGCGCGGGAUGUGCGGGAUGAGGUGCAGCUGAAGCAAGCACCAACGGCUGCAGAGGAUUUCUUGAACUUGGCCAGGCUUCUCCUCCAGAGGGACGAGGAUCCGCGGGUGCGCACCGCCGCGUUCGCUGGAGCCUUGGCCACGCUGAGCGCUUGGUGGAAUGCCGCGCAGCAGAGUGAGCAGGCGGAGAAGCCUUGGUCCUGCGGAUGCUCGGAACAGCUGCAGCACGCGCUCAGUGACCACUUGGGGAAGCUCUUGGCAGAGGCGAAUACGGUGCCCACGGACUGCGUCUUGGUCUCUGGGCUGGGCGAGCCCAGCGCCAGCUCAGCCUUCUCACGGCUCUUCGUUCUCCUCCAGCAGGGCUUGGCCGAGCCCUCCUCAUCUAUGCUGGAUGGCGAGCGCGUGAAGGCUGCGCAGCUCUGCUGUUUGAUGGUGGCCACCUGCAGACAUCCUGAGGUGGCUCUCAGCAGUCUCCCCUCUCUGGUCCUGUCACUGCCGCUUUCGCCCCGGGAUGAUCUGCAGCAGGUGGCCUGGACCUUCCUUCGGCGGCUCCGAAGCGAAGCCCAUGCAGGGCAGGCGGAGGAGUUUUUCACGAUGCUUUUGAGGGCCGUGAAGCUUGUGCACGAGGAGAACACCACAGCUGUUGCGAAGGACCUCUCAUCGCGCUUGCUGCAACAUGUGGGAGUUGGAAAGCUGCAGCCGAAGUGGCAGGACGCUCUGAUGAGCGUCUUGCGGAAGGGCGUGGCCCACGCCUCGCAGGGCUGCAGUGAGGGCUUCCUGGAGGCGCUGACCCCUUGGAUUACCAAGCAUGUGGUGGACGAUCGUCGCCUUGAGGGCUUGGGCACGUGGGCCAAAGAGCAGGAGAACGAGGCACUGCAGAAGGCCGGCUUGGAGAAGUUGCUGGAGGCCUGUGAGGUCACGGCCAAGAGGACCACGGAGGACACGCCGCCCAGCAAGCUGGCCAGCAGAUGGGACAAGGGUAUUCUUAAGGAGGUAGAGGGCAGGCAAGCGCCGCAGAACCACCAAGGGCAAUCGAAAGACGCCAACAUCCACGCAAGAGAUCAAGGAUGCUAUGGAUCUUCAUUGAGCACAUCCAUGAAGGUUGCAGCCCUUUCUGCUGAGAUGAGAUGCCCCGUGAAAGGGACGAGGCAUCGCAUGGCAGCCCUCUUGCAGAAAGUGUUGAAGGUCUUGGUGUCCCGUGCCUGCCAGUUGCCGCCCGUCUUCCAGGUGGGUGCGAGCAAGAGUGGAGGAGCAGAGGCGACUCACUUUCGGGAUGCGUUUCAGUCCUACCUGGAGCACUACUUCGUCAAUGAGGGUGCCGAGCGACCGGCGGAACGUGGGGAGGUGGGCUUUGGCACGCCGCGGCGGGGUCUGCCGGGAGACCGUGCGCAACGAUCCGGCCUCAGUUGGUGGCGUGCCACGGUGCGCCACUCUCGAGAGCUCGCGGAGAGCUGUGCGCAACUCUGUGGGCGACUUGCAGGUCUUCUGACCGAAGUGGGGCGCUUGCGUGCAGCCUUGCCCGAGUUGCACAGGAGGGAUGCCAGCCUCAUGCGCGAGGUGCAAGGCUUUUUGGAGCUCCACAGUGGACCUCGAUCAGGCCUUAGCACGGCAGAGCUCUUGGAUUUGAAGCGACGCAUGGAGGCGGAGCACGAGCUUUCAGAGGUCCAAGCGCGGCUUCGAGACCUCGCGCAGCGCUGCGAGAAGGCGGGCGUCGAGCUUUCCUUGGAUGCGGAGACAGAGAGCGUGGCGCCCACUGCUGAGGUGCUCACCCUGGAUGACCAGGUUUCAGUGAGCGUGCCGGCCAUGCAGGAGAGCAUCAACUGCCUUCGGGAGGAGCUGGAUGAGAUGGGCCAACAACUGGAGAGCGGCUCAUGGGGAAAGGAUGACCCCAAAUGGAGGAUGCGGCCCUACGAGACGGUGGUUGAGUCUAUGCUGCUCGCGCAGGCAUAUUUUUCAGCUCAACGAUCCACACAACCCUGCGAUCCCUCACAGAUCCGCUGCUCACCCGCCAUGUUGAAGAUCGUGAGCCUCGCCAUCCUGGCCGGAUGCCAUGCUCAGUUGGUGCAAAUCGAUGGGAGUGGAACGACGAAUCCGUCCAAGUUCUUCUGGAAGAUCAUGGAAACGAUGGAGGCCCGCACCAGAAAGGAUGUGCGCCUCACCUACCGUGCUGUUGGCAGCAGCACUGGGCAGAGGGAGUUCACACAACCCAGCUCGGGAACCGACUACAGCAGUGGCUUGACGGACUUCGGCUCGGGUGAUAUCCCUAUGACCCUAGACCGCUACAAUGGUCUCACGGGCGCCGGACGUGAGAUGGUGCACCUGCCCUUCUGCAUGGGCGCCAUCGGUGUGUUCCACUCGGUCCCCGCCGCUGAGGUGGGGGACUCGGCGGGGCUGAAGUUGCCGCCCUGCGUCUUGGCAAAGAUCUUCGAUGGCGCGAUCACGACCUGGGACCAUCAGGAGAUCAAGGAUCAUAACCCAAACCUCAAUGUGCCUGCGGGUACCUUGAUCAAGGUGGGACACCGAACGUUGGGAUCCAGCAGCACUGGUGGCACCACAGGAUACUUGAACGCCAAGUGCCCCGCCAGCUGGACACGCGGUGCUGGCAGCAGCAUCGCUUGGCCCGCCUCCGCCGGCUUCACGGCAGUGCAAGGCUCUGGUGGCAUGGCGGACCACAUUGCCACCACGCCCUACGCCAUCGGCUAUUUGGAUGCUGGACAUGGACACCAGCGUGAUUUCCAGGAAGUGAACCUUCAGAACGAGGCUGGUACCUGGCUCACCUCCAAGGAUGCCAUCAACGCCAUGGACGCCAACAACAACAACGGUGUGGCCGCCGCAGGCAAAGCGGCUGUGGAUGCCGGUGACAUUCCCUCCAGUGCGACCGCUGACUGGAGCAGCGUCAACCUCUACCGAAAGGCUGGAACAAACACUUGGCCUAUCGUCUUGGUCUCGUACAUCUAUCUCAACAAGGACAUGUCCAGCUGGCCAGUGGAGAAGGUGGCGCUGCUCAAAGCCUUUGUCGACAUGGUCCUGGGAGAAGGGCAGGACAUGCUCCCGGACUUCUCCUUUAACCGCGUGCCUGCAGAGAUGAACCAAUGGUCCACUGUUUGGGCGUCGAUCAGCAAGCCAACAGGCCUCACGGAGAUGGUUCUGAAGACCAGCACUGACGCGUGGAAUGGCCAGGCGGAGAAUGUGAUCACCUCCAAGAGGAAUUCCUACUCCUUGUGGAAGCUGGGUGAGCUGGAGAGUUCCAUGAACGCCAUGAAGACUCGCUUGGACAGCAUGGAGACUCACCUGGACGAGUAUGGCAUUGUUCCUUUGCAUGGCUCAGGCACCACCAACACCAAGAACUGGUUUGCCAAAGCUAUGAAGCUCAUGGAGGAGCGGGCUCGGGUGCCUUUGUUCCUCACCUACCGCGCAGUGGGCAGUGGCACUGGACAGAAGGAGUUCGUGGGGAACGCCGCCAACAUGUACAAGAGCUACAGCCACUUCGGUGCGGGUGACAUCCCCAUGUCCUCCACCCACUAUGGCACCUUGAUGGGCCAGUCGCCACCUGAGAGCAUGGUGCACAUCCCAUUGGCCCUCGGUGCCAUUGCGGUGUUCCACUCCGUGCCGUCCAGCGAGAUUGGCGGCGCCAGUUUGAAGCUGGAUGCCUGCUUGUUGGCCAAGAUCUUCUCUGGUAAGGUCACCACCUGGGACCAUGCUGAUGUGAAGGCGCAGAAUGAAGGCAUCAGUGUGCCAGCGGGCCAGAAGAUUCGUGUGAACCAUCGCAACUUGGGCUCCAGCAGUACCGGUGGCCUCACCGGCUACCUGCAGAAGAAGUGCGACGCCCAAUGGGGCCUUGGAGCAGGCUCCAGCAUCACCUGGCCUGCGCUGGACAACUUCUACGCCGUGGAGGGAUCCCCGGGCAUGCUGAACGGGAUCAAGGACAACAGCUACGGCAUCGGCUACCUCGAUGCUGGCCAUGGCCAUGACUUUGGUCUCUCUGAGGUGGCGCUCACCAACAAGGACGGCACCAGCCAGACCUCCAAGGAGUCCAUCGCCGCUGGCGGCGUGGCCGCCGCCGGCACCGCCGCGGCCAACGCGGGCACCGUGUUUCCAACGGACCCUUCGGGCGACUGGUCUAGCGUGAACCUCUAUGACAUGGCUGGCGCCAACACCUGGCCCAUCGUCUUGGUGAGCUACCUCUACGUCAAGAAGGACCAGACUGCCACCAACCCCAAGACAGCCGCUGCUUUGAAGGCCUUCAUCAGCAUGGUGGUGAAUGAUCGGGAUGGCAUGGCAGCAGAGUUCGGCUUCACCCCGCCCAGCAACAGCUUGAAGGCUGUGAGCUUGAGCGCUGCCGGCUCCAUCAUGUACCCGGCGGGCAUGCAGAGCUUUACGGAGGAGACCUCCACCCAGCCCUACCUCGGCAUGGCCACCAACGUGAUCAGCAUGAAGCGCCACUCCUACGACCUCUACGAUACCAGCGUCAUGCAGGAUGCCAUCAGCAAGUUGAGGACUGAGCUGGCGGCGAAGGGAGGCAUGGAGGGGACCAAAGAGAAGUACAACGACACCUUGCCAGUGGCGAUGUCGGUCGUCGCCCUGGUGAUGUCCCUCAUCGGGGCCUGCAUGGCUUGCGUGGCCUUCUACUUCGUCCGUGCGGCACAGCCCGGUUUGGCGCCCACGGCGUCCGGCACCAUCAUCGGCCUCACCGACCCCAGUCGCUCCAAGGUUGAGGAGAAACAUGCAGCGGAGGUGGCCGCCGAGGAUCUCAAGAUCUAA